CUCUGGAUUAGAUAUCUGAGCUCACUGUGAGCAAAACCCCGAAGUGAAAAUUCUAAGGCUCUGCAAAGUAAAUUAUCCUUCUGUGAAUGUGACACACGCUCUCUGCAGUUCCAUAUGCUGAAGUUAUUCUUACUUAUCAGUUUGACGUGCUUGGUGAGAUCAGAUGCAGAUGAAACAUGCCCUUCAUUCACCAGACUGAGCUUUCACAGUGCCGUGGUGGGUACUGGGCUGCAGGUGAGGCUGAUGCUCUAUACGAAGAGAAACCAGACCUGCGCACAAAUCAUCAACUCAACAGCUUUUGGGAACUUGAAUGUGACCAAGAAAACCACCUUCAUUAUUCAUGGAUUCCGGCCAACAGGUUCCGCUCCAGUUUGGAUGGGAGACUUAGUAGAGGCUUUGCUCUCUGCAGAACACAUGAACGUGGUUGUUGUUGAUUGGAAUCGAGGAGCUACCACUGUCAUAUAUACCCACGCCGCUAAUAAGACCAAAAAAGUAGCCAUCAUCUUGAAGGAAUUUAUCGACCAGAUGUUGGCGGAAGGCGCUUCUCUUGACAACAUUUAUAUGAUUGGAGUAAGUCUAGGAGCCCACAUAUCUGGAUUUGUUGGAGAAAUGUAUGAUGGGCAGUUGGGGAGAAUUACAGGUCUCGAUCCUGCAGGCCCUUUAUUCAACGGGAGGCCCCCCCAGGACAGAUUAGAUCCCAGCGAUGCGCAGUUCGUUGAUGUCAUCCACUCCGACACUGAUGCACUGGGCUACAAGGAACCGCUAGGAAACAUAGACUUCUAUCCAAAUGGAGGAUUGGAUCAACCUGGUUGCCCCCAAACGAUAUUUGGAGGAAUAAAGUAUUUCAAGUGUGACCACCAGAGGUCCGUGUACCUGUACCUGGCUUCCCUGAGAGAGGACUGUGAGAUCACCGCCUAUCCCUGUGACUCCUACAGGGACUACAGGAACGGCAAGUGCACCAGCUGCGGCACACCAGAGCAGUCCUGUCCCGUCCUGGGCUAUUAUGCUGACAAUUGGAAAGACUACUUAAAGCAGAAAGAUCCUCCGAUGACUAAGGCGUUCUUUGACACAGCUGAGAAGGAGCCAUUCUGCAUGUAUCAUUACUUUGUGGACAUUAUAUCUUGGAACAAGAACAUCAGAAGAGGGUCUAUUACAAUCAAAUUAAGAGACAGAGAUGGAAACACCACAGAAUCUAAAAUCGAUCAUGAACCAGCCACAUUUCAGAAAUAUCAUCAAGUGAGCCUGCUUGCAAGAUUUAAUCAAGAUCUGGACAAAGUGGCAACAAUUUCCUUGGUGUUCUCUACAGGAUCUGUAAUAGGCCCUAAGUACAAGCUCAGGAUCCUCCGAAUUAGGUUGAGGUCCCUUGUCCAUCCAGAGAGGCCCCAGUUAUGUCGGUAUGAUCUUGUCCUGAUGGAAAAUGUCCAGACAGUCUUCAAACCUAUUCUCUGCCCCAAGUUGCAAAUGUAACUGCUGCUGCCGGGGACACGUGGGCAGCAACGAUGUCAGGAAAGCUGCAUCUACGGCCUCUUUUAAAGCUUCACCUGAACUUUUUCUCAAAGCUCAAAAAGCAUGAAAAAAACCAAGGUUAUUUUCAGCAGCGUCCUACAGAUGUCACAUUUCAGAACGUCAAACGACCUUGUGAUUAUAAAACGAUACUGGGAAGGGUGGCCCUAACUAGGGCAAGUCAGAAAUAGCCAGCCUUCUGACAGCCCAGUGCUUUGUCUGGCUGCAUCCUGGGGCCUGUUUGUUCCGACCUGUCGAUUCUGCUGCCCAUCACACAGGCUCUUUGUUCCUCAGGGCUUCGGGUACUCAUCUUAAGGCUAGGUGGGGGGCUGGAGACCUCCCUGUGGACUUUCUGUUCCCUGUGCCGAAUUCUGCACAGAACCCAUCACGCAGAAGGGAACAAAACUGACCUACCUCUCAGGGCUGCUGUGUGGAAGACAAGUCUAUGAAGGGUUCUUUGAAAUCCUAUGGGUACCACAUCUGUGAAGGUGUGAUGAAUGUGAAUAUGUUGUUAUUUAUUUUAACGUGGCUUAGCUCAUAUCCUUUGAUCAUAUCCUUUGAUAGGGGUGGCCCCUCCUUAUCAAUACAGCUUCUCUCUGGGGCAGCAAGAAAGCCACAUACCCCUGUCCCACCCGCUCUGAAGUAAUGCUGGUGCAAAGGAGGUAGAGAUGGGCUGGUGGGCUGAUGGGCCGGUAGCCUGAGGGCAGUGCUGGGUCUAGGGAGGAAGCAGCAGCCCCACACCCCUGGGACAGGGGACCAGCAGGGGAGGAAAGGGCUUGUUUUUCAUCUAAGGUGGAGAAGGAUCAUUUUAUAGGCAACCCUUCUCUUUUUUAUAUAUUUAUUUUUUUAGUUAUAAGUGGUUACAAUAUCUUUAUUUUAUUUUUAUGUGGCGCUGAGGAUCAAACCCAGUGCUUCACAUGUGCUAGGCCAACGCUCUACCUCUGAGCCCCAGCCCCAGCCUGGCUACCCUUCUUUUCCUGUUUAGGUUGUUUGUAUGUUUGUUUUGGCAGUGCUGGGGGCCAUCCCAGAGCUGCACCACGGAACUGCACUCCAUCCCAGGCAACCCUCUUUCUUUCUCUUUCUUUCUUUCUUUCUUUCUGUACUGGGGAUGGAGCCCAGGGAUGCUCUACCCCUGGGCUGUAUCCCCAGCCCUUUUUAGUUUUUAUUUUAAGUCGGGGUCUCAUUAAGUUGCCGAGGCUGGCCUCGAACUUGUGAUCUUCCUGCUUCAGCCUCUGAAGUAGCUGGGAUUACAGGUGUACAGUGCAUAACCAUUAGCUUAAACAGUCUUUAAGAAAUGUUUAUAUUUUCCUUACUAUCAAUGUAAUCCCUGUUUAUUGAAGGAAAUUUUUUAAAUGCACAGUGCAGAAAAACAAAACAAAUCAAAACAAAAACAAUGAUGCUAUAACUUGUUUUGCUAACAUGGGGAUUCAAAGCAUAAACCAGUUUGUUCUCAGAGCAUCUGCAGCCUCCAGUUUGAGGAAUUCUCAGACUUCCCUGGAGGUAGGUGUGACCUCCGAAUCUGGAAUGACAGCAGGAACCACGUCAAGAAAUCCCAGAAGACCAAGUCUAGAAUGAAAGGAGGGCAAUCCCUGGGGCCAGAUGCUCAGCAUGAGAGUGGGUGCAACUGUCUCAAAGUCCUCUACCGUUUUCUAUGAAAACAGCCUUAUUGUACAGAAAUGGACUAUUUCAUAAAUGAUAUAAAUCAGUAUGUGGCUCGUUCUUAGAGAUUUGUAUCUUAGAUUCAUUUGUAUCAAAUACAGCCUAUUUUAUGUAAGGGAUGGAUGGCUGAACUCUGAAGGGAAAAAGGCUCAAUGGCACUUGGACAUCUUGGCCUCUCCCACCACACCUUUCCUCAGCAAUUGCGGACAGAGAGAUCAGCGUGCUGAGAGGCCCUGAUUUCUUUUUAGAGUUUUAUUGUUCCUGCAUUUUGAUUAGCACAGUUACUUUUUUGUCCUCUUUUCCUUAUCUCCAAGCAGGGAGUCAAAACAAUUAUAAGAAAAUGCCAGCAGUAGAAUUUCUAUUAAGUUAUAGACUCUUUGGGUCACUGGGUGCUGGCAUAGGACCUGGAUUACCAUUGUCUGGGCAUCUGUGGGGUGGUGGAUGGAUGGAUGAAGGGACGAAUGAACGGAUAAAGGGAGGGAACUUGUUUAUUGGUAUGGAGAUGAAUUUCAGUGAGUUUCAGAAAUGGAGAGAAGAAGAAGUGAAGAGAGUCACAGGAGUGGUCACUGUCUUCUCAAAAUCUUCCUCCUGACCCCCCUGGAGCUUGUGACUCUUGUUUUCUGUGCCUCUCCUCCUUUUUCUUUGUCUGUAUAUCUAUCUGAAUCCCCAAUCCAUAACACAAUUAAAUUACAGUCUACCCCUUUCCUCCUCUUUUCACCAGUUCUCUCCUACUGGUCAUUUGAAUCUUGGCUCAGGGGCCCCUGCUCUGUUGAGUCUUCUCAGGUCUCAUUUCCACUCAGAGCUCACCAUACUUUUUCCUUCAUGCACUGUUUAUUUUUACAUUUUUUUUUUUAGCUUUUCAUAAUUUUAAUAUUUGGCAGAGACUUAUUCACAAGCUUCUAAUUAAAAAAAAAUUAUGAACAAACUCAUUAGACCUGAGCAAAUUUGCAGAAGAUUUAACAUAUUACAAUGCUUGUUUUCACAGUUAUCAUUUACAGAAAAUUACAAACCAAAGCAACUAAAAUUUACUCUCUACAAACCUCCUACAAUGGUCUACAUCUAUUUGAGUUUAUUUUUCACUAUCUUCUUACACUUUGGAACAGGCAUUUUACAUUAGGAUGAUGUUACUCUUCCUCUCCUUCUGUCAGCUAGAAGAGUCUCCAUUAUCUUGAUUCACAAUCAUAGUGCUCUACCACUGUUACUUCUAGUACAGGUUCCAUCACCAAUAUUAAUUAUGCUCUAAGGAAAAUAACUAACUGCCAUUACAUAGAAAUAAUGGAGGGGUAAGUAAUUGAGAAAUUUCAUUCCCAAGCAUUUUAGAAAAUCACAAAUACAAUCUGGCUUCCUUUUUAAGUAAGAGAAAUCAGCAUGCAUACUAGUUUGAUCCAAAAAUGUAGCUACUCUUUUUUUUUUUUUUUAAAUUUUUUAUUGUGGGUUGUUAAAAACAUUACAAAUUUCUUGACAUAUCAUAUUCCACACUUUGAUUCAAGUGGGUUAUGAACUCCCACCUUCACCCCAUACACAGAUUGCAGAAUCACAUCAGUUACACAUCCAUUGAUUUACAAAUUGCCAUACUAGUGUCUGUUGUGCUCCGCUGCCUUUCCCAUCCUCCCCCCUCCCCCCUCCCCACUACAUUUAUUUUUGUAAUUAUGUGAUUAAUGUCCAUAUUCACUCGUCUGUGAGGCACGAACCAUGUACCUAUGAUAUAGUCUGCCUUCAAGAAAUAUCUAUUAAAUAAACACUCUCUAUCA